CGUUUGAACUACAUUAGAAGCUCCGCCUCCGCAACACACUUAGCAGCUGCACGACGACAGACACCAAGAGCUAAAACAUGUCAGAGAAGAAGCAGACUGUUGACCUCGGCUUACUGGAGGAGGAUGAUGAGUUUGAAGAAUUUCCAGCUGAGGAUUGGACGGGACUGGAUGAAGAUGAAGACGCUCAUGUUUGGGAAGACAACUGGGAUGAUGAUAACGUAGAGGAUGAUUUCUCAAAUCAGCUCAGAGCGGAGUUGGAAAAACAUGGUUACAAGAUGGAAACAUCAUAGCAACCGACAAGACCAAUUAGGACUUUAUGAUAUGGACUCCAUAUUUGAGUUUCUUUUUCUUGACUGCAUUUUUGUUUUUGGUUAAACAGUUCUGAA